AUCACUGGCCAAGCCGCAUUUUAUCACUUUCCAACUAAUACUGAUCUUAGUACUUAUGAAAAUCGAUUCGUUUUAAACUGUCCACACGUUCAAGAUUCCUACUCGGAACAGAUUAAAGUACAAGUAACUUGGACCAAAGAUGAGGAAGUGUGGUUGAAAAUCAGAAAUGGUGAACUACUUCUAUCGCAUAAGCUUACUACACUAGAACGUAGAAGUGCAGGCAAGAAAUCAGUUCUACAAAUAAAAAUGAAUAAAGGUCGGUAUUCAUUUUUAUACGAUGAAGUAAAGGGUAAUUUUUCGAUGGCGAUCUCAAAGAUGAACUACAACGAAGAUUUGGGUCUCUGGCAAUGUCAUGUCAAUGUUAAUAAAAAUGGCAAAACUCAAUCUAUGACAAGUCGGAAUCGUCUAAAAUAUCGCCGGAAAAAGCUUUUUGGCACGAGGCGUAUGCAUCAUCAUAUCCAAGGAAACAAUAUAUCAAUGCUAAAUAGUGAACCCAAAUCUGAUCAACCCAUUAUCAGAACUUUCUCUCGAAAAAAACAAAAUGAUAUUGAAAUUUCUCGGUCUUAA